UUUUGUCACUUUGACGGACGUGAAUCGAGUGUUUUCCAGGCUGUCGCGUGCGCAGAAGACAAGGACGUUUUUCGCAACAACGACAGUUCGUUCAGUCCAGUCCUGCAGUUCAUUUUGAAGCUGACUCACUGAUGGAGGAGCUCAUUCGAUCGGAACUGUUGAAGCUGGAGCUCCUUCCAGUGCCACCUCCAAUAAAGUUCAAGGAAUCGACCCAUCUCAGCAAAGCAGAUGACUUCUACGAAUGCCAAACGGAGACAAUACAAGCAGCAAUACAUGAAGGCAUCGUGUACUCUCCCUACAAGAAACCGAAGACAGUCGAGCUUUCAUUUUUUGACUUCCUUGCAAAAAGCCUUCGAACACACGGAAACAAAAUCGCACUGACCGAUGAACAGAAGACGGUAACCUACAGAGAACUUCUGAAGAAACUUCGCUGCUGCGCCGCAAUGUUUCAGGCGCACAACGUUGGUCCUGGCGACAAGGUCUAUUGUCAUUUUGGAAACAGCAUCGAAGCCUUUGUGGCGCUCUAUAGCAUUGGCGCUGCCGGAGCAACCAUCGUACUGAGUGAUCCGGAAUACAAGGAAGGAGAGGUUCAACGGCACAUGAAAAACUGUGACGCUACACACGUAGUGACUGACCUGCGCCAUUCAUUCAAGUUCAGCUCUAGAGACCAGAAUAGCCGCAUCAAGGCCUAUUUUUCUGUUGAUGACGUGCCUGGAUUCACUUGCAUUUCCAACUAUGACGCUUACAAUGAAGAGGAUUACCAAGAAGUAGCAAGGAACCCAGGGCGUAUUCUCGUCAUGGCUUACACCUCUGGGACAACCGGUCAAUCUAAAAGCGUUGAAAUUACGGAGGAGCGAUUCCUCCGAAAAGUCUGCGGAAUGGAAGCCACCGGUCUCUACAGUGAGAACGAUGUCUGUCUGGCUUGCGAAUACCUCACCAUAUACCUGUCAUUUUCCUUUAACUUCAAGUUCAUAUGCUCCGGCGCCCGCUUGGUGAUCAGCGAUAAGUACUGGUCGGUGAACGACUUCCUUUCAACGGCCAAAAAUCAAAAGGUAUCCCUCCUCAUGACGACACCGUCGGUGUUGUAUCUGCUGGCGAGCGCAGUCGCAACCACGGGCACGAGGCUUCCUUCACUGAAGAAGGUGAUCAGCCUAGGUGCAACACUGCCGAAAAGCACUGCUGGGCUCGUGCUCUCAGCGUUGAAGCCUAAGGAAUUCAGGAAUGUCUAUGGACUGUCUGAGGCGAGUGGAGUCGUCUGCUGCCCUCCAGCUGGUCAUUCUUGCUUCGACAGCGUGGGUUUUCCUGUCGCCGAUACGCAGGUGAAGGUCAUUGAUCCGCAAUCUGGGAGGACGUUGUCAGCGCAUCAGCGCGGUGAAAUAUUGGUGCGUUCGCCGAGCAUCAUGACAGGCUACUACAAUCAUCAUGAGGCAACUGCCGCCGCUAUCGACGCUCAUGGUUGGCUGCGCACAGUUCAGAGUUGCCACCACCAGUAA